ACCUUUAAGGGAACCCGGAAGUUGUUUAAACCGGAUGUACUGACUUCUCAAUGUGACUUACCCUGGCUAACACUGUGAUGGUUUGAUACUAUCUUCGGGUAGUAGUUUAAAGUCUACAAAAUGUUUCUUACCACCGUAAAUUUGGCCAAGGCGAAAUCAAAGACCAUCCUGGUGCAGAUGGUGAGCGCUGCAGGGACAGGCUACUUCUUCAACACAAAGAGGAACCGUCUCAGAGACAAACUGGUGCUGCGCAAACAUGAUCCGUUUGUGAACAAGCACGUCCUAUUCUUUGAGAAGAGGAAGAUCAAGUCGAUUUAACAAUGCACAAAAAAAUAUAUGGACAACAUAAACCUGCUAGGUUUAAACAGACAAUUUUUUUAUUUGCGAUGGAUUAUCCCAAGGUGUUUUGUCCGUUAACCUUUCUGUUUGGCUGGCUGACGUGUUUUCAGAGGAUUUCUUCUUGGAUCUGUUAAAAGGCCUCUAGUCUCUCCACUGCACCAGUUCAGCAUGAUGAAAACCCCGACCGAGAUUCAAGAAAGUCUUGAUUACCACCAGUUUAAACAAGACACUGCUCCUCAUGUAAAAGUGAUAAAAGUGUUAUUUAUUGGGGCCACCACAGCUGUCUCGAUCUAAAGCUGUUAAGUCAUGGAAUAACAUGUUAUGGUGCUAUUAAGCAGUUCUAUACAGUAUCAUUGAUUACGAGUCAGUCAAGUGUUGUACAAGUUUAUAUUUAAACCGGGUACCUGUAAUUAAACCAUUUGUGAAAUAUGAUCUAUUUGGGGUAAUUAAAUAAAUUAAGUCAAUGAUGUGCCGUACAAGCAAAGUGUUAAGGUGCUUGUCAAUAAUUAAACAGUUUAAAACAAUUGAGAUUAAACGAGUUUUACAAAAAGGAAUACUUGUCUAUUGUAAGUAGGUUUGUCAUCACAUCACGAUCCAUUUAACGUACAUUGACAGGUAAAUUGAAUUCAUGUUCAGCUUUAUAUUAAAAUAACAUUGGGUAGCAGCUCAUUUCACAAGACAGUUGUGUUCGUCAAUAAAAACCAUUCCAGGCUUGGUCCAUUUA